CCGGCCCGCCCCCUGCCCGCCGCGCGGCCCCGGCUCAGGCUUCGGCUCGCACACCCCCCGCCCCCAGCGGCCGGCUCUCCCCGCUCGCUCGCGGCUACCCCGGUGAUUCAUUCGCUCCCGGGGCUUUGUUCGGCGCCGCGGGUCGCUGCAACCCUCGGGCAGGGACGGGACCGGGCAGGACUCGGGCAGGCUCCCCUCCCCGGGGACCCCCCGGCAAAGCCGAUGUCCGCCGCGCCCGUCCGAUCCCCGACGCUGCGGCCCCACAGGAUGAAGAAAGACGAGUCGUUCCUAGGCAAGCUAGGCGGGACCCUGGCGAGGAAGAAGAAAGCCAAGGAGGUGAGUGACCUCCAAGAGGAAGGUAAAAAUGCUAUCAACGCACCAAUGAACCCAAGCACUGUGGACAUCCAUCCAGAAGACACACUAUUAGAGGAGAAUGAGGAACGCACUAUGAUUGAUCCUAACUCAAAAGAAGACCCCAAGUUCAAGGAACUGAUCAAGGUUCUAAUUGACUGGAUUAAUGAUGUACUGGUGGAGGAGAGAAUCAUUGUCAAACAGCUUGAAGAGGACCUUUAUGAUGGGCAGGUGCUGCAAAAGUUGCUAGAAAAAUUGGCUGACCGUAAACUGAACGUGGCUGAAGUGACACAAUCUGAAAUUGGUCAGAAACAAAAGUUGCAGACGGUCCUGGAAGCUGUCCAUGAUUUACUCCGACCCCAUGGCUGGACAAUCAAGUGGAACGUUGACUCAAUCCAUGGCAAGAAUCUGAUCUCCAUUCUCCACCUUCUGGUAGCUUUGACAAUGCAUUUCCGGGCUCCCAUUCGACUGCCCGAACAUGUGUCUGUACAAGUGGUAGUUGUACGGAAACGCGAAGGCCUUCUUCAGACCACUCAUGUUACAGAGGAACUGACGACUACGACAGAGAUGAUGAUGGGAAGGUUUGAGCGUGAUGCCUUUGACACCCUUUUUGAUCAUGCACCAGACAAACUCAGCGUAGUCAAAAAGUCUCUUAUCACCUUUGUGAACAAACACCUGAAUAAAUUGAAUUUGGAAGUGACGGAGUUAGAAACCCAGUUUGCAGAUGGUGUUUACUUGGUUUUACUCAUGGGGCUCCUUGAAGACUAUUUUGUUCCACUUCACAACUUCUACUUAACACCUGAAAAUUUUGAUCAAAAGGUCCAUAAUGUUUCCUUUGCUUUUGAGCUCAUGCAGGAUGGAGGAUUGAAGAAACCGAAAGCUCGCCCUGAAGAUGUUGUCAACUUGGAUCUGAAGUCUACCCUCAGGGUUCUGUACAACCUAUUCACAAAGUACAAGAAUGUUGAAUGAUCCUGGAAGCUGCUGAGGUCUUCAUCCUUCCAACUUCCUUAGGCAGCAGUUACAAUAAACGCACCCUCUGUACACUCCCAUUGUGCCUUUAUGCUAUACUUCAUGUAUUCUUUCUACAGUUGAUACGGUCUCUCUGUAGCUGUCUGUAUGACAAUCCCACUAAAUGUAAUGCACAUGUAUUCUCUAGGUCACUUGAAAAUGUGUAGAUAAUUCACAGUUUUACCAGAAAAUACUCUCGGGUCUGUUGUUUGUUAUGAUCAACAGAUGUUCUUUUGAUAAAGGAAAUGUACCACUAACUACUUUAAUAAGCAGGGAAAAUGUGAGACCUUCUUCAUGGCUGGAAACUCUUUGAUUCUAUGAUAGCCUUUCUUUUGCACACUCCUUGGUUGCAACAGGCAUUUGAUGAUUUUCCAGGCUUAAGUGUUAGCAAUAGAAAAUCAGCAUUGAAACUUAUUUAGAAGAUGAGCCUUUUUCUGUUAAGUAAGGUCUUGUAUGUUCUGUAGGUGGGGCUAAGGGGAUUCACAGGCAAUAUCUGAAAAUAAUGGCAUAUAAGCUUCAGUUUUUUUGUUAACCUCAUGCCACUCAGUGUUACUUCCAUUCAGUGUUUACACAUAACUCUUGUAAUGGAGUCACCAGCUAGUCUUUUGAUGUCUGUUUUUUAUUUAAUCUCAUUUCUAUGAGAAAUUUGAUUGCUAGAGCCACUGAUAAGUCAUCUGUUAAGCAUGCGGCUUCAGUUGGGUCAGUCAAGAGCUGGUCAAGUAGGCACAAGCUGGAUUAAUGCGUUUUGCCUCUGGUCCUUUCUGAAACAAACACUGGGAAUAAUGAGCUUGGCAGUUUGAAGUCUGACUAUUUCAUGUAGCUGAGUUAAAGGGUCAGAUUCAUUCCUGUUGGAGUUAUUAACAGCCUUACAUUUCUAGGGAUCAGAUUUUUAUCUGUUUUCUUUCCAAAAGUGUAAAAUUGAAUUCUUAUAGAAAUAAGAGCUUGCCUGCAGUUACAGAUUGCGCUGGGCUAUGCAAGACAUAUACAUAGUGCAAGCCAACAGUUAGCACUCAAAUGUGAGGCUGUUCAGUCAUCAGUUACACUUCAAACUAAUUUAAUUGAGUUGCCCUGUGCCAUCCCAAGAAACAUUCCGCUGAGCUUUGACCUAGUCAUGUAGUCUUUCAAGCUGUUAUGGAUUUUAGUGGGAUCUGUUUGAAAAAAACAAAGAUUGCUUGAUUUAUCUAAUCAGCUCUAGUUACCUCAUUGUACUUAACAGAUUUCAUCUGUAGAGCCGUUCCUGGCUGGCGAUGUGCUAGGUGCAGCACUGUGUACAAGGAGGCUGUGCUGCAACAUGAACCAUCUAUAUGAGUAGUAUUUUGAGGACAGCUGUGCAAAGGAAAUGAGAUUGUAAUUUCCAGAGUAAAUGGUUUGUGGCAUAUGCAUCUAAUAGCACUCCUUUCCUCUCGAGUGCAUAGAGGAGAGAUUUGACUACUGCCUUUAUGUAUCACAGCAGUGACUUUUUGUUUAUAGGCAGCCAUGGCUUUGUGUGAAACAUUAGGGUAGGCGGAGUGCCCCAAAGAGGAAGCAGGUAGUAUUGCUCUGCUGUGUGGGGUCACUUGAGUCCUGUUCUAAGUAGACAACUUUUUUCUCCAAAGCAGGAUUUCUCAUACUAAAUAUUAUUUACCUUUCUGAGUUCAAGAGGAAACAUGCUAUUUCAAUGGUAUAAUUUUACAAUUGGGAUUUUCUCUUUCCCUCCAUAAACACUUUUUAAUUGCAAAGGAAGAGAAAUGGACCUCUGCUUCCUUGUUUCAUAUUUUUGAGUUCUGAGUUCUAGUAUUUGAAUUAUCUGGGUCACCUCCCCUCAUACCUAUAAAACAGAGGUUCAAGGAAGUUGCCUUUUCUUUCCAAGAAAAAGUCAGAUCUCAUCUACUCUAUAAGGUUCUGUGCGGAAUUGUUGCCUUCCUGUGCUUUAGAAGGCAUAUGACCUCUCGUUUAUACAGAGGCUAGAACAAUUGGACUUGAAUUUCAGAUGGGACCCCUAGACUCUACCACGAUGCUAGCAGUUAUUACAGAGGAGACUUACAGAGACACUAAGGCCUGGUGGAUCGGCUCUCCUGGCAAGUUAAUGAAAUUGGUCUAGCUUUUGUGUGGUGAAAUAGGGGUAUCAUGAGGCUGGAAGGUGAUUGAACUGGAAGGUCUCUCAAACUUUUAGUUCAAUACAAUGUUAUUUGUGGGAAACAAGUCUGUUAGAGAGCUGUCAUUCCACCUGCCUCCCUUCAGGUGAUGUGAAAGUGCCGGUGCCGUUUAUAUUCUUUGAGUUACUAGGAAGGACCUCCAGAGAAUCUGUUUUUUUAAAUUGCAGGCAAUAUUAAUAUCAAAAGCUAACAAAAUUACAAAGGAGAUUGAUAAGAGCAGUUUGGCUUUGGGAGAGGGAAUGGCUGUUUCUGAGAUGAGAUUAAACAGCUGACAUCUUCAUUGCAUAUGAGCAGAUGUGAGCAUACCAUAAAAUUUUAAAAGAGUCUUUGUUUGGUUCAAUUGUGUGUUUGUGGUCACUAGUCAGAAACUUGAAUCCCUUCUCUACAACCUGAGGCAUGGGUCUCUUUUAGCAUUCCUUACAUUAAUUUCCCUGUCAGUCAAGACUGCAGGCUUGAUGCCAUGAACAGAUUGGGGUGCGUUUCAUACACCAUUUUAUUAGGCUUUUAAGUCUGUUGGUAACUGUUACAGAGGUAAAGUACAGUUUUCAUUCCUUGUCUCCUUGCUGUCUAGCCAGUUCAUUCUUCCUGUAAACACUGUAUUUAUCAUUAACUGGGGUGGAAGCAGGGUGGAUUUAACUGAGCCAGAGCUUCAUCCUAGUCAAUCCAGUUUCUAGGAAGAGUAAUGCAGCUUGAGCUUCACUGAGCACUUGCUUUUGUCAGGCCUUUCUGGUACAUAUGCAUGAUACUUCUUUUCCUCUCAAAAAUGUAAGUCAAUUGUAACUAUGUUAUCCAUGGACUCUUUAUGUUACUGGAGUUUUAGAUAUGGUCCCUGGGUGCCAGUUGGGUGGAUGUGAGUCUUGAGUUCAUCUGGAAUGCUGAAUGAUCUGCAGCAUUAAAACUUCCACAUUUGUGAGAACUUAAUGAAUGUCUAUCUUUUCCAGUCCAUACAAAUUGCCUUUUAGGUGCAUCUGCUUGACAUACUCAGUUCCAGUGAGCUGUGUUACCACAGAAGAAGCCUAGAUACUCCUCAGGUGCAUCCUGUUUUUCUAGAUGAGAAACUAACAGUGACAGAUUUUUUAAAAUCAGUUUACAGUUUAUAGGAUUUCUUACCCCUUUUCCCCACCUCCCAGUGCUUUCAGUAUUAAUGUAUUUUUAAGUAUCUUUUCUAAUGUUUUUUAACAGUGUUUACUCUGGAUUUCUAACUACUAAAAACCAGCCUUGCAGAUAAAAUUCUGACUUGUCAUGUGCUGGAGACAUCCAGCUUUGUGACAAGAGUUGUGUACUGUAAGCAAGUUACAAUGCAAUGCUAUGUUUGCUAAAAAUCACAGCAGGAGUGUAAUGCAUGGUUUGUGACAGUUGUACUAUUUAUUCAAAUAAAUAAAUAAUGAUCACUUGA